CAGGAAGGAAAACAAUCACCUGUUCUAACCAUAGUUCUGCAGCUAUUAAGAUAUAUGUAAUUCUUUGACUUUGUGUUACAGAUCCCAAUGGAAUUGUAAUAUGACAGAAGAUCAUAGAAAACCAGUAGGCUUCUAGCUUUACCAGUCUCUUUCAGACUUAGCCAAAAAGUUGUUGUUCUCAUGUAAAAGUUAUCUAGUGGACUCGGGUGAGUUUUGGGAGGGCAGCGACUUGAGUGAUUCUAGGCAGGCAGAGAGGUGGAUGCCUGGAUUUCAGUCCUCAAAUGGCAUCCUUUGUGUUGAGUAACCUGUGCCUGUCUCACCGUUACAUUGUUUGAUUUAGAUUGAAGUUGUCAUCAAUAAAAAAUGCAUUUAAAAAAUCUUAGUGCUUUGUUAAAAGGAGCCCAGACAAAGCAGUGGCAAGAAGUUAAGUGGAAGGUGCUGCUUUGGGCAUUACUCACAGCCUGACUUUAAUUGACUUGCAGGAGUGCAGAAGUGAUGUUUAUGCAUAAUCAUUAGCACAAUAUUCUUAACAAUAAGGUCAGUGAUUACUUGUAUUUAUUUAUGUGGCCUAUGGCGCUGCACUUUAAUGCUAGGGAAGAAUUCAGUUGUAAUUCCCUGGGAGAUCUGAGGUGGCUUAAUCUGAAUCGCUAUCGUUGAGGUUUCUGCUUGUUUCUCAUGCUCUACUUUGAGCAGGUGAUUAUAUAUAGGCUUGGCUGUUAGUGUUGACAGCCAUAAAGCUAUAUUUGAAAGAAGCCAGGAACAUGGGAUAUUACUCUUCAGGCUUUAAUAUUUGACAGUUACAGCAGUUCAAAGUUCAGUACAGAACCUCUUAUUUGUAGUAAUGAUUAUGUGAAGGGAGACAGUGUGCAGAGCUCUUUAUUUUUGGAGGCAGGAGGGAGAUCCAGAAUACUUGAAGAUUCAAAACAUGAAAUGCUUUAUAACUGUUUGGUAGUCAUAUCUGUUUUUGUUUGUCAAAAAAAUGGGGGAGAAGGAAAAGAAGGAAGCUUGCAAGGCUCUCUUCAGCUGAUGCUUUAAACUUGGCUUUUCAGGUGUGAUUUUUGAUACAGUACGUCAGAGAAAUAUGGAAUUUGGAAAAUGAUGUUUUAGUGCCAUGAUGCUGGGAAAACAUGCAAGCGGUCACAGUGUAUGCAUGUGUGGAACAACCUUUAUAAGUGAUGUUGAUAGUAGAAAAGAAAUCAUUAGCAAGUCUGAGGAUUCUGCUGAAAAUAGUCGUCUGUCCUGAACCAGCUUUGUAUAAACUCCUCCUGGUCCUGCAGCUGGAGAUGGAGAAACUUCUCAACACUUAACUGACAUAUUGCCACAGUGAAGGAAAAGCAUAACCAGUUCACCAAUGAAAAAGACAGGGUUUGCUGCUUUAAUAAACAGAUAAGCUUAGUUUUUCACCUAAGAUGCUAGGGAAACACCAAAAACCCCAUAUGGAAACACAGCAUAGUGCUUACAGUCAGUGCUGCAGCAGGAAGGAGCUGCUGAGGCUGAGUCCUUUCAGUGCUGCCGCCUUGUUCAGCUCCUGCAAAAGCACCAACUCGUGGCCCAGGACAGUAGGACUGGUGAGAUAGGCCAUGGUGUGACAUUACUGCUGGUAAUACUGAUGGAUGUGGGAAUGUGGAAGGGUUGGGUGGGCCCUGCUGGGCUUUGGAAGGGAGAGAUUUUCUCACAGCAGUCCAGGGGAAGGAACCCAAUACAGCCUGGAUGCCAGUGAGUGUUAGUGAAGCUGUCAGGUCCUCUCAGCAUCAAUCUGCUGUUCCUGAUGCCUUUCUGCUGUUGGGGAAAACGUUGUGUUGAGAGAUUAGAGGAGCUGGAGAUUGGGAGAGGCAGGGUGGCAUCUGUUUGUGUUCUAGGCAUGUGCCAAGGGGUUUUAGCUUUACAUUUCUGCGGAUGUGCUGGAGUGAUGCCCUGUGCCCGUGGGUGCAUUUACCAGGCAGCAUUUCCUGCUGUGGGAGGCUUUGCUGCCAGAUGGAUGGUGAUAGCUCCACGACGGAUGCUUCUCAGUUAGGAAUUGCUGGAGAUUACAUUGGUGGCAGUCACUAUGUGAUACAGCCUCAUGAUGACACAGAGGACAGCAUGAAUGAUCAUGAAGAUACAAAUGGUUCAAAAGAGAGCUUUAGAGAACAAGAUAUCUAUCUUCCAAUUGCAAAUGUGGCAAGGAUAAUGAAAAACGCCAUACCCCAAACAGGAAAGAUUGCUAAGGAUGCAAAAGAAUGUGUGCAAGAGUGUGUAAGUGAAUUCAUCAGCUUUAUAACGUCAGAAGCAAGUGAGAGGUGUCACCAAGAGAAAAGAAAGACCAUCAACGGGGAGGAUAUUCUCUUUGCCAUGUCUACCUUGGGAUUUGAUAGCUAUGUUGAGCCUCUGAAGUUAUACCUCCAAAAAUUCAGAGAGGCAAUGAAAGGAGAAAAGGGAAUUGGGGGAACAGUUACAACUGGAGAUGGUUUAAGUGAGGAGCUCACAGAAGAAGCAUUUACUAAUCAGUUGCCAGCGGGCUUAAUAACUACAGACGGCCAGCAGCAGAAUGUUAUGGUCUAUACAACAUCGUAUCAGCAGAUCUCCGGUGUUCAGCAAAUUCAGUUCUCAUGAUUUGAAGAAAACUUUGGAUCUGGGAACGCGAGAUGCAGAAGCUGUGCAACUCUAAUGAAAAGACAGUUUUAAUGACUGGUGAAGAGAUUUCUCUCUUUGUAUAUUAAAUAGCUGUAAUGUAGCUACCUGAAGCUUGACUAAUUGAGGUAUGAAUUCAGACUCAAAUCUUUUUCAUGAAUAAUUUUAAAGAAGCAAAUUGGAUUUUAAAGGUAUUAAAGUAUUUUUGUUUUGUACAAGAGUUUGUUGCUCUGUAUAACUCCUGUAUGCAUUGUAUAUUGCAAUUUAUUACUGUCAGAGAUUUGUAGACAGUUUCUUAUUUUCAUAUUGAAUCAUGUUACUUUUGUAAUUCAGGUAAACAGCUGGGUUAAUUCAUGUUUACCCUUUGAAUAAAAUGGUAAGGGUAAAGUUCA